GAUUAGAGUGAUUACGGCAUGAAACCGAGAAAAGACAAUCCAGCCGUUUCUGAAAAAAAAACCAGCUGCUUUACUUUCUAUAACGAAAUCAACAAGGCUUCACAUUUGCCAUGGCAAUACGCAUUGCUAAAUUAGCUUCCUAUAACUUCAUCAAACCCAAUAUCCGUACUACCUUCUUCUUCUUCUCAAGACCCAUAUCUAACAAUUUCACAACUCGACACCCAGAUGAUGAUUUCAAGAGAUGUGAUCAAGAAUAUAAGCAAUGGUGCAAUGGGGGAGGCAUGUUUCAUAAAUCUGCUCGUAUUGAUCCAACUGCCCGGAUAGAGAUUGGCGCACUCGUUCAUUCAGAAUCUACUGUGGGUGCAAAUGUCUCCAUUGGGUCCGGAAGCAUCGUCGGACCUUCUGUCACUAUUGGUCAAUCAACAACAACAGGUUACAAGGUUGUACUCAGUAAUUGCACGAUCGGUGAUUUUUGUGUUAUUCAUCAUGGGGUCUGCAUUGGUCAAGAUGGUUUUGGAUUUUUUGUUGAUGAAAAGGGGUCUAUGGUGAAGAAGCCUCAAAUCUUGAAAGCAAGGAUAGGCAAUCAUGUGGAAAUUGGUGCAAAUACGUGCAUAGACAGGGGCAGUUGGCGAGAUACAAUAGUUGGGGAUCAUACCAAAAUCGACAAUUUAGUACAGAUAGGUCACAAUGUGGAGAUUGGGAAAAGUUGUAUGUUAUGUGGACAAGUCGGGAUUGCUGGUUCAGUGACGAUGGGAGAUUAUGUGGCAUUAGGAGGAAGAGUUUCAAUUCGUGAUCAUGUCUGCAUAGCAUCAAAGGUCAGAUUAGCGGCUAAUAGCUGCGUCACAAAGAACAUUACUGAAGCAGGGGAUUAUGGAGGCUUCCCUGCUAUUCCUAUUCAUGAAUGGCGAAAGCAAGUCGUUAGUGUACGCCAAACUUCAAAGGAAUUUUGGUACCAUAGAAAGAUGAAAUCUGCCGAUAAGAGAAGUCGUUGAUUCUUUUGUCAAAGCUGUAAAGAAUAAAGGUUACUCUCUUUGCUCUUUGCUGCCGUAUUAGUUCCUUCACAUUACUAAGAACAUCAGAAUAUAGAUUUAAUUUAGGCGGGAAAGACAAAUCUUGAAACACAACCGACCAAAUGAUAUUCCCGUUUAUGAAUUUUCUGCAGGUAUAU